AUGGAAAUUAGAACUAAUGUAGUAGAUAGAGCUUAUCUUAUUAAUGAUACCUCGAUUGUGAAACAUCUAUUAAGUAGAACAGUUAAUUAUGAGCCCUUUGCGGCCAAGACGUUGAAAGUAAAACCACAUCCAUUGCCAGACGCUACUGAUGCUACCACAACUAGAAUACAAGAAGCUUUAAUUGUGAAAGAUUUAUUGAAUAUUUUAAUUGGAUUAGAUGGUAAUUAUAUUCGUUUUACAAGUUCUUAUAGCCCUACCAGUGAUUCUAGUUCAUUCCCCCAAUUUGAAAUAGCUAAAAAUGUGGAUAAGUCAUUAAAAGAUUUCUACAUAAAGAUGUCUGUUCUAGCAAAAUAUUAUAUCUGCUUAAAAAAUAAAAUGAUAAUAUGGUCUGAUCAAAAAUUCGGUUCAGUGAUCAAUAAAUUUGGACAAUAUAUUAGAGAUUAUUUAAAUAAUACGUAUUUGAGUUUCAUUGUAAAUGAUUUGGAAUAUGAAUUUAAGGAGAAAAAAAAUUUUUCAAUAACAUACAUGUAUCAAUUGAUUAAAAACGGGAAUUAUAUUAGACAUAUGGAAUGCUUGUAUGUAAUAUGUGAACAAAUUGAAACUGAGAUUAGUAAUAGAAUGAAAAAUAAUAAUAUUCGUGAUUCUAAUGAUAUUUUUGGAAAUAACCCAACAAAGAGACGUUUAACUUUGAAAGAAUUUGAAGAAAAUAUUAGAAAAAAUUCAAAUAUUUUAAACAAUGAUAAUGGGUUUAUUUAUAUCAAUCCUAAUAUAAAUAACUUACCGAAAGGUGGGGUUAUAUUAAAAAUUAUUCAAAGAAUAUAUACAGCCAAUUUGGGAGAUAAAGUCGUUAUGGAUUUUAUGAAGAAUGUAUUGAAUGAAAUUUCUGUAGAUUAUGUUAAGAAUUUAUAUGACUGGUUAAUCAACGGUGAAAUUAAUGAUCCAUUUAAUGAAUUUUUCAUUAUUAAUGAAAAUAAAGAUGCAAGAGAACUAUUAUAUAAUGGUACAAUACUAGUAGAUAAUAUUUGGGAUACUCAAUAUUCUAUUAGAAUUGAUGGUUUAUUAGAUAAAUUCGUAACUAAUGAGAGCUCCAUUAAUAACAGAAAGACUAAUGAUAGAGUUAAUCAUACAUCAUUACUAAAUGGGAUUAAUAAUUCUGGCAACAAUAAUAACAAUAAUAAUGAUUUAUUAUCCAAAAUAUUUAUGACUGGUAAGAUGCUUAAUGUCAUCAAGAUUUGCUAUGAAACUAAUGAAUUACCAAUGAAUAUUGAUAAUAAUAAUGAGCUUGAAUAUUUGAAUUUAUCAUUUAACAAGUUUAAUAAUUUUGUGGAAAUAAUGGAUGUUGAUUCUAAAGUAUUAGAUGAAUUUGUUGAUAAAUGCUAUUUGAGAGCAAAUCAAUUAUUCUUUAACAUGUUUGUAAAAGAUUAUAAUUCAUUUAAUGUUCUUAGAAAUAUUUUUACACAUUUUGUUGGUUAUACGAAUAGCAAUAAUGUCUUUAAGUUUUUAAAGAAUAAUAUAAGGGAAUUAAGUGUUGAUUAUCAAGAAAACAUGAUUCCUCCUGAUCUAAUUACUAAUUUCAAUAAUCAAAAAGGCACACUAUUACUUUCAGAAAGAUAUAGCAAAGAUAUUAUCUUGUCAUUACUUGCUGUGAAACUAGAUGAUACUCAUAUUAGCCAGGUGAUACCAUCAUAUAUUGAUUAUGAUUUUGAGAAAUCAUUUCCUAUGGAAGACCUAGAUAGUAACAAUAAUACCAAUCAAUCUACCAGUCAAUUAAUUCCUGAUGAAAUUCAUAAAGCAUCUAAUGGAACAAAUGCUUCUACUACUAAUCAAAUAGCUCCUAUACAUGUAUUAAAUAUUCAUCAUUUGAAAUUUGAGAUGUUCAUACCGUACCCAUUGAACAUUUUAAUCUCAAGAUCAUGCAUUAUUCAAAUCCAAAUUAUAUCCAGAUAUAUGUAUCUAAUUAAUUAUUAUAACAUAUUAAUGAAUGAUGCAUGGCACGAUAUGAAUACGAAUCCAAUUUGGAGAUUCCAAAAAUUCCAUUUAUUGGUUAAGAAAAACAUAAUUACAAGAACCCAAAUCAAUCAUAAUAAGAUGAUGAAAUUUUUAGAAAAUAUAUCUUACUAUUUGAACCAUAAACUGAUUAAUAAUGAAUUAGACAAUUUUUUCAGUUUAGAAGCCAUUCAAGAAUCGGCUAAUAACACAGAUCGAACGAUUAGUGUGAAUGAAAUAACUAAUAAGCUACAAGAAAUAUUGACAAACAUUACGUCAAAUUGUAUCUUCUUAAAUCUCUCAAACAAUCUUUUAAAUCUUCUCGAUCUGUUCUACAGAUAUUGCAGAUUUAUCAGAGGCAUUCGAAGAAAUUUAUGUCAAUUAGACGAGGAGUUAUUUGAAAGAAACAAAUCGUAUGUAAAUCGAUUAGAACCUAAUGACCCUGAAUUGGAUCAUAUUCAUUUCAAUCCCGAUAAUAUGCAAACAGUAUACGACAAUUUACUGGGCUAUAUCCUAAAGACUGAAGAAGCAUUUAAAUCGGAAAAAAAUUCAUUCAUACAAGGCAUCAAUUAUUAUAAAGAUAAGGGUAAAGUGGAACAGAUAAGCCCAUUAUCUACGCUAAUUGACUUGCUAUCGUAA